UCAUACUAAAGAGCAUGAACCAGGAUGGCUCUUUGUUUCACUCGCCCUCUGCAACAGCUUAUGCUUUCAUGGCUACAGGAGAGAGAAAGUGCAAAGAAUACCUCGAGAGACUUGUUCGAAGAUGUCCUCGCGGAGUUCCGCCAAUGUAUCCAAUGGAUGAAGAGCUCAUAAAGCUUAGUUUGGUAAAUCAAGUUACGAGGUUAGGAUUGGCUGAGCAUUUUAGUGGAGAGAUUGAAGUGAUUUUGUCAGAGGCUUACAGGAGGUACAAGAGGCCACAAACAAGAGUUGGUAAUUUCAAACCAGCAAAGUUAUACAAAGACUCUUUAGCCUUCCGACUCUUGCGGAUGCAUGGCUACGAUAUAACUCCAUGGAGCUUCUGUUGGUUUGUGCAUGAUGAAGAAAUCUUGGCUCAUAUAGAAAGAAACAAUGGAUAUUUCAUGAGUGCAAUGCUCAACAUUUACAGAGCUACAGAUCUUAUGUUUUCAGGAGAAAAUGAACUGAAGGUGGCAAGAUCAUUUGCAAGGAAAUUGCUUGAGAAAAACAUGAGAAGGAGAUGUGAACAAGAUGGUCUUCUAGAGAUGCCAAGCUUUCAUGAAGUGGUUGAGCAUGAGUUAAGUCUUCCAUGGAUUGCUCGAUUGGAUCAUCUUGACCAUAGAUUUUGGAUUGAAGCAAAUCAUGUCGAUGCUCUUUGGAUUGCAAAGGCCUCCUUCUUUAGGUUAUCAUGUCUUCAUAAUGACAAGCUAAUGAAACUAGCUGUGGAGAACUACAAGCUUCGGCAAUCGAUCUAUCAAAGAGAACUCGAAGAAGUGACAAGGUGGUCCAAGGAGUGGGGGCUCAGUGAGAUGGGUUUUGGUAGGGAGAAAACGACGUAUUGUUACUUUGCUGUAGCCGCCAGCGGUUCUCUGCCACGUGGUUCAGCUGCUCGAUUGAUAGUUGCAAAAAGUGCCAUACUUAUUACGGUAGCAGAUGAUUUUUUUGACAUGAAAGGUUCACUUGACGACUUGCGAAGCUUGAACGAGGCAGUACAAAGAUGGGAUGGAAAAGGUUUAUGUGGGCAUGGUAGGAUUAUCUUUGAAGCUCUUGAUGGCCUUGUGACUGAUAUUGCUAAGCAACACCUCCGUCAACAAGGAAGCGACAUUAUCGACAAUCUUCGAGAUAUUUGGCGGGAAACGUUUGGCUCAUGGCUGGUGGAAACUACAUGGAGCAACAACGGAUACAUACCAUCCAUGGAGGAAUACCUUGAGACUGGCAUGAUUUCUAUUGCCACCCACACAAUGGUUCUUCCAGCUUCGUGUUUUUUCAACCCGAAUUUACCAAACCACAAACUCAAACCAUCCCGGUACAAACCAAUCACCAAAUCACUAAUGGCUUCAUCGCGAUUAUUGAACGACAUUCAAAGCUACCAGGUAUCCAAACGAGUUACUCCGGCCUGGAGAAAUUUUUCUCCUCUAUUCACAUGA